AAUCCCGACAAUCACCAGGGAGUGAACGGUCUGGUUAAUUUUACCACACCCGAAUGGACGAAAUCAGAGUUCUCCACUUCAAUGAAUACACUGAAAAGAAAACCUACAUAACUUAUCAUAACAUCAUGCCUAUUCUACGAUGGCAUGUAGUCCCAUGGAUCCUGGAGAAUGGACACCAGUUCGUCCUGUAUUGUAUUUAAAUAUUUACGAAGCAAAUCAAGAAGAAUUACUUCUAUACCCUAACGAUCCUAUGUAUCAGUCUGAAAUAAGACUAAAUGGCGUUCUAGAUAAAAAUUCACCCAAUGGAAUUGUCUUAGAGCCACAAACAGACUAUCUGAUGAUUAAUCCAGCAGAAAAAUUCAAAUUCGAAAGUGUGUCGGGGCAUAGUAUUAUCCGUCUAGUCCAACCUUUAGACAGGGAUGGUCCCACUGAAAGUGUAGAUGAUGAUAUCAGUGUUAUCACGUUCACCUUGAAGUGUUCACCAGCCAACAACCUCUCAGUAGAAAUCUUUUAUGAUGUCAGUAUUAUGAUUGUGGACAAGAACGACAAUCCACCUAUGUUUUCUAAUGCGCCAUAUGAAACUACUAUAAAUGAGCUUACACCAGUUGGUACGCAAUUACUAACAGUUACUGCCGUUGAUAAAGACUCGAAUUUAGAUGGUAACAUUACAUAUAGUAUUAUGAGGAAUUCGGGCAUUGUGAAUGAUGGAGGAGAUCUGUUUGAUAUUGACGCACUCCAGGGCAUCCUCACUGUUAGAGAAAAUUUAGAUUAUGAAAGUUUAGGGAAUGGACACAAGUAUUAUGUAAUUCGUGUUGUUGUCAUGGACGGUGGACCAAAUGCAAAGCGAUCAGCAUACACUGAUAUAAAAAUACAUGUAACAGACGGAAACGAUAAUAGACCCUCUUACAUGUAUACUGGUUGUCUGCAGCAUAAAAUGACCUGUGUGUCGCCAAAAUAUACAAUAGAUGUAACUGCAAUUACUAUGAAUCAAGAAAUUCAAUUCCAUGGUUUUCCUGACGUAACCGGAAAUGCCAUUAAAAUAUUGGCCAAAGAUAUGGAUGGAAUUCCAAGUGACGUAACAUUUUCAGUGGCGACAACGUAUCCAUCUGGAUAUGAUAGCUACUUUUCUGUGGAGACGAAGAAAAUGGGAAACUACUUCCAAGCUAUUGUGAAACAGGUCAAAAGUGUGGAACUUCCUCGAGAAUUUGUGAUAUUGCUGAAGGCAGAAGAACUUUCUGCAGAGAAAUGGUUUGCAGUAGCAGAGAUAUCCUUCGUCACACAUAUGAAAGAAAACAAUUUCCAAACUACAGUUUCGCCUCAGAUGAGUACUGCUGCACAAACUGGAGAGAAAACAACAAAUGGCCAGACAACAGAUGAAUUUUCGCAGACUACUGUUGCACUUAUCGUCGUCAUUGCUGUGACCUUGACUUUAGUCUUGUGUUUAUCUAUAGCAAUGGCUUGUUUUGUAUCGAGAAGACGUCAAUAUUCAUCAGACAAAGUACCUCUUUCAUCGGUAAAUGGUGCCCAUGAGAACAGAGGAUACUCAGCACAACUAUGAAAUACUCCAUCAUAGAAGUUUAAGAGAAGCUAUACAUCAAUCUGCAUUUUACUUCAUUGAUUUUUUUUAAUUUAGAGAAGCGACUUCAUUGUUUAUUUUAACAUAUUUUAUAGAAAUAAGAUAAUAUAUUAUAAUAGACCUCCUCAAAUAUGAAAAGUGUUCAUGCAAAACAUUUGAAAUUAUUGGUUAUUUUGAAGAUUGGAACAUGUGCAAUCCCCUGUUAAUGUUGCAAUGCGUUAAUUAUGCAGUUUUGCAUCCUAUAGUUCAUAGACAGUUGUAAUAAUAUUUGUGUUUGACAGCAUACCCCUUGUAUUUGAAAUGACCAAUAAGCCUUUGGAAUACUGACGACUUUCGGGUAUGGCUUCUUAAGUCACAAUUGUAAAAGAGCUUGAAAAUGGUAGGGAAAUGAAAAAAAUCGAAAACUCAUAUUUGAUCCAACCCGAUCUGUGACUAUUUAGCUAUCGGAAUAUUGGCGACUUUCAUGUUUGGUGACUUAAUCAAUGAACAUAAAUCGGGAUAGUUUGCAGGUUCUUAUUUUCUAGUUCUCUUACAAACCCGACACCGUUCUCGUUGCCUUAUGGUUAUAUUUAGAGGUGUCAAAUAAGGCAAAGGGAAACGAAUGUGACGCGGUUUAUACAAUCAUUUUUGAACCACCUAUACCUGAAUAUUUAAAGGUAUUUUUGUGCAUUUCUGCAUUAAAACUGUAUAUAUGUAAACUAAGUAUGCUAAACAUUAAGUAAAUUCAUAUUGUUAUAAUUGUCAAAUAUCAUGCUAUCAAUUAUUUAUAAUUUACCAGUUUUUGACAGUUGGUGUAAUUAUUACAUACGUUCCAUUAUGAUUUAGCUACUUUUAUUACCAGGUCUUUCACAGUUUUGCAUUGUUACUCGUCUCAAAUAACAUCGUUUUUAUACAUUAAGAAUUUUGAAAUAAUAUUAUUUUUGUAAUAUCAUCGUCAGAUUUUUACAUUAAAAAGGAAGCAUGCAGGUGCUUUGCUUUCUUAUUCAAUUAUUCUA